CGGUGUGGGACAGUACGUCAGUGUUUAGAUUCCGUCAGUGAUGUGAUGGCGGCGUACAUCAAUAUAGUGCGGAGGGCCGUGGGUCAGCUCACCGGUCACGGCGGAAUCAAAGGUUUUUUCGUGCAGCUUUUCAGGGCGAAUGACAUCAAGACAGGAGCUUUGGUGGGGAUUGACAAAUAUGGCAACAAAUACUUUCAGGACAAUAGAUACUUCUUUGGCCGUCACAGAUGGGUCAUUUACACCACAGAGAUGAAUGGCAAGAGGACAGUAUGGGAUGUUGAUGGCAGCAUGGUUCCCGCUGAAUGGCAUCGUUGGCUGCACUGCAUAACUGAUGACCCGCCCACUACUCACCCUCCUGAGCCUAAGAAAUUCCUGGCUAAGGUUCAUCAGAUUAACCUUAGUGGCACGCUGAACUGCUAUGUUCCUUAUUCCACCACCCGCAGGAAGAUUCAUGAAUGGGUACCGCCAAAAGUUGGGGAGCAAUAAUUCCCCACAGUUAUUCUGGCACCUUUAUUCUCCUGUCGGUGACGUUCUGUAAAUUGUAGCCGAAAUUUAUAAUUAAAUAAAUUAACAUAAAAAUAA